GACAACAACUACACUGACGUUCCUUUUGUAAAGGUCGCUCUUUCCUGCCCUACUCCCGGAACAUUAUUCUUUUCACAUAUUCUUUGUCAAGCCGCCAAAGUGGAGAGUGUCGUUGCACCAGGGGGUCCUUCUCGUUUCAGUGUAGGGGGAGGAGGUGGGGGUGCACCUCAGCACUAUCCCAAGACUGUCGGCAACAGCGAGUUCCUGGGGAAAACCCCAGGUUCUGGCGUUCAGAGAUGGGUACCUUCUCGAAGCACUAGACGAGAUGCCAACUCCUACAACGAGAAAGGGCAAAAGGAUGCAAUCUUCAGGAAAGUGAGAGGCAUACUUAAUAAGCUGACUCCUGAGAAGUUUGACAAACUAUGCCUGGAGCUCCUCAAUGUGGGUCUAGAUUCAAAAGUUGUCUUAAAAGGAAUCAUCUUGUUGAUUGUUGACAAGGCCCUUGAAGAGCCCAAGUAUAGCCAGUUAUACUCUCAGUUAUGUCUACGCUUGGCAGAAGAUGCACCAAACUUUGAAGAUUCAUCAACAGAAAAUCAAGCCACACAAAAGCAGAAUACUACCUUCAGAAGGCUUCUGAUUUCCAAGCUUCAAGAUGAGUUCGAGAACCGUGCCAAAAACGUUGAAAUCUUUGACAAACAUGACGGCCCUCUCACCUCUGAUGAGGAGGAGCAGCGUGCUGUUGCAAAGAUCAAAAUGCUGGGCAACAUCAAAUUCAUUGGGGAACUUGGCAAACUCAACCUUAUCCACGAAUCUAUCCUUCACAAGUGCAUCAAAACACUUUUGGAUAAGAAGAAGAAAGUCCAACUUAAGGAUAUGGGUGAAGAUUUGGAAUGCCUCUGUCAGAUAAUGAAAACAGUGGGACCUAAACUUGAUCACGACAAGGCGAAGUCUUUGAUGGAUCAGUACUUUGGCCGCAUGCAGAUCUUAACGACCAGCAAGGAGCUGCCAGCUAGAAUCCGUUUCCUGCUGCAGAAUACAGUGGAGUUGCGGGAAAACAACUGGACGCCUCGCAAAGCUCAUGUUGACAACGGACCGAAGACGAUCAGCCAAGUUCGUCAGGAGGCAGUAAAGGAUUUGGGUGUUUUUAUUCCACCCCCAGCUGAUGGCAUGAGAAAUGACUUCUUUAUGGAAAACUCCUUCCUGCCAACAAGGAUCAAGUUUGACAGGGAACCUCUUGGUAGGCUGGCUGAUAUGUUUGGACAGAUGCCUGUAGGAAGUGGCAUAGGUACAGGUCCAGGAGUCAUCCAGGACCACUAUUCCCCUACCAUGGGACGACAUCGCACAAACCCACACUACAAUGGCCAUAUUAUGAAUGGCAACAGUUUACACCAGCCUCAGUUUGAAGCAGGAAGCAAACCAUUCAUAAAAUCAAACCAGGGGCAGAAUUCACCAGUUUUCAACCAUAAACAGAAUCACUCAGUGCAGAUGCAGUCUAAGGAUAUGACUCCACGUUUCAGCAAGAAGGGGAAGGUCAAUGCUGAUGAGAUCAGUCUGAGGCCAGCACAGUCCUUCAUCUUGAAUAAAAAACAAGUGCAGAAGCUGCAGCCACAGAUGACUAUGAUUCCUACCCAAGGUUCCUCACUAGGACAGUCCCCACAGCUUGGCCUGAAAAUCAAUCCUCCUCCAAUUCAGGAAAAACCAGCAAAAUCCACUAAAAAAGCCCCCCCUACAAAAGAAGAGUUGCUCAAAAUGACAGAGACAUUGGUGGCAGACUACCUGAACAGCAAGAACAUUGAUGAGGCAGUGAAUGCUGUAAGGGAGAUGAAGCCUCCAAAGCACUUUUUGUCAGAGAUGCUUUACAAGAUUGUGGUCUAUUCCCUUGAUCGCUCAGAUGAGGAUAAGGAACAUGCAAGCACCCUGAUCCAUGCACUCUGCAAUGAGAGCAUUGUCACUGGUGAAAACCUAAUUCAGGCCUUUCUAAGUGUUCUGGACCAGUGUCCCAAGAUCGAGGAAGAAGUCCCACUGGUGAAGUCCUACCUGGCACAGUUUGCAGCACGUGCAAUCGUUGCUGACCUGAUCAGCAUCGCAGAUUUGGCCCAUCAGCUGGAAAAUGGUGCACAUUUCCCAUUGUUCUUGCUCUGCCUGCAGCAGAUGGUCAAACUGAAGGACCGCGAGUGGCUGGCUGACAUGUUCCAGCAGAGCAAGAUCUCCAUGCAGAAGAUGCUGCCUGAAAUUGACCAGAACAAGGACAGGAUGCUGGAGAUUCUGGAGGGCAAAGGUCUCGGCUUUCUGUUUCCACUCAUGAAACUGGAAAAGGAGCUGCUGAAACAGAUCAAAGUAGAUCCCUCUCCGCAGUCCAUCUACAAGUGGAUCAAAGAAAACAUCUCUCCUAAACUCCACACUGACAAAGGCUUUGUCAACAUCCUCGUGACCAGUUUCCUGCAGUACAUUGCUUAUGAGAUCAACCCUGAUGAUGAUGAUGAGCAGCUUGCAGCUCCCACUAAAGAGCAGCUGGAUGAAGAGAAACAACUCUUGCUGUCUUUCAAGCCCGUGAUGCAGAAGUUCCUGCAUGAUCACAUCAACCUGCAAGUCGGUGCAUUGUACGCCCUGCAGGUUCACUGCAAUGCCAAGGGUUUCCCCAAAGGCAUGCUGCUGCGCUACUUUGUAAACCUUUAUGACAUGGAAAUAAUUGAAGAAGAGGCCUUCCUCUCAUGGAAAGAAGAUGUCAACCAAGAGUAUCCAGGGAAGGGGAAAGCAUUAUUUCAGGUGAACCAGUGGCUGACUUGGCUGGAGACUGCAGAAGAGGAGGAGUCAGAUGGGGAAGAUUACUGAGGAACAAGCCAAAGCCAUGUGUUAUCAAGAUGCAAACCACCCCACCCCAUUGUGGUGUUGUUCUUUGUGUUCCUGUCCCUUUAACCCCAACUCAUUUCCUCCACCCCCCCAUGAAUAUUUUCCAACCACUGUUACAUUUCAUUCUGCUCUGAAAUGUUUUGCCAGAUCAAGCCAGCAUCACGCAAUCUGUAUUUAUGCUUUUCUUUUUUGACUUUCUUAUUUUAUGUACUACAGCAGAUGUGUCAUACAGCUUUCAGUCAUCUUGGAUUAUAUUUUCUUUUAACAGUAGGCAGUAUUGUGCAGGAAACUGUACCAGCACCUAAAUGUGACCCGUUUUAUCACCUUUUACAUCUGGUAAAAGUGCUGCCAUAACUAUUGACAUAAAAACUGUUUACAACAGAGAAAAGAAUAAUAUACUGCAAAGAGACUUUUCUCACUGUUUUAUGUGCAUUUGUUAAUCAUUUUUUUUAGAUGCUCUUUGCUCAACAUCAUGAGUCGUUGCAAUAGAAAGAUCCAGUUGCAGUUUUUGGCUGCCACGAUUGUAAUGGUUUUCUUGUGCUUGAAAGCAGUCCAUUUUGUCCAAAAAUUUAUAAUGAUCUUGAUUUGAUGAUGUCCAACAAUAAUGGCCUGUUUUGUUUGCACAGUAUGAUUGCAGUUGUCCACAUUUUAGUUUGAUGAAUCAAGAGGUUUUUUUUUUUUUUUUUUUUUAUGUACAAAAAUUUUGUGCUGUUAGGAAAGAAUCUGUGUGGCCUUUUUAAUUUAUCAGUUCAUAUGGAUAUACCUCUAAUGUACCUCAAGACUGUACUUGAAUGUCUCUGGUUUUAACAUUGAGACAGCCAAAGCUUAGUUACCUGUGCUACAGUUGUUCAUGUGUGGAAAUUUUGUCAAUUUGCCAUAUCUGUCAAGUUUUUAAAGCGUCUUUUUAAUCUUCAUGAAACUAUCAAGAAUGCACUGUAUGUGUACACUUUAACCUUAUUUUGGCAUCGCUGUAAUGUUAAGUGUACAACUACAGAUCAACUUUAAAUAAAGUUCAAACGGUUCA